AUGGAGAUUCAGCGUCGUCUUCGUCAUCUCACCUACUCUGCAGAAACACAUAAUUUUCCAACAGCCGUUUGCCCCUUCCAGGAGAACGACGCUGGCCUGGUGGAUCCCAAUGGUCUAGAGAAAAUGAUGGCAAUUUCCCGUCGCGAAAAAUGUACUGUAUCUAUAGUGGGAACGGUCACGGAUGAGAACAGAGUUGUCUUGACCAAUUUCGCAGAUGAAGCUGAUGGACGGAAGCCUGUGGACUUUGAUACGAAAAUUUUGGGGGAGCGCGAGAAGAAGGUGUUCCAUCUAAAUUCGACACCAAUGCCGUUACGACAACUUGAAUUACCAGCUGGCCUUACAGUAAGACAGGCAUUGGAGAUGGUGCUUCGACUGCCAUCAGUGGCCAGUAAACGAUAUCUCACGAGCAAAGUGGAUCGGUCGGUCAGUGACAGG